CUUUUUCUCUCUCUGUACAAGUACCACCACAUCUUUUUUUUUUAUAGAUACGCUUUAGAGUAUAAAAAUGAAGUUUGGAUUCUUUUCGGCAGAUUUUGGUGAUCAAGGGCUAAUCGACGACGGCGCUUGGAAGUUCUGUGGUCUCAGUAAAUCCCAAAGAAUGUUUGCCUUUGGAGCGUGUUUUGUGUCCGGUGCCCUUUUAUCCAUUUUGUCUACACUUGUUUUGUUGGUCGGUAAUAUAGUAGCGUUUGCUAUUCUUUAUAGCUGUGGAAAUGUGAUUUCUUUGUUUAGCUUAACAUUUAUCAUUGGUAUUCCGAAACAACUGAAAACAAUGUUUGCACCAGUACGUUUUUGGGCCACAGUUGCUUAUAUCGUCCUGCUUGCAUUGACAUUGGCCAUGUCCAUCUGGUUGAGGAAUUUUGCAUUAUCCAUUGUUUUAGUGAUCAUCCAGUUCUCCGCUCUUGUCUGGUAUUCUGCAAGUUAUAUUCCUUAUGGUCGUGAAAUUAUUCGCCGCUUUUUCGGAAGUUGCAUCACAUCAAUUUAAUAUCUAAACGGUCGUUAAGCUCACAGCUCGGCCACUGUAAAUAUUGGGUCUUUAAUAAACGAAUACAUGACGACAAUGUCGAAAUUUUUUCAAAUCAAAA